AUGACCCCGGACUACUAUACUGUUCUGGGCGUUGAGCGCGAUGCCCGGCCAGCGCAGAUAAAGAAGGCCUACUUCAAUCUGGCCAAGAAGCUGCACCCGGACCGUCACCACGGCACUGACAUAGAGCAGGGUGCCAACCACGCCUUCGAGCAUCUUCAAAAGGCUUAUGGCGUGCUCUCCAGCCCCGAGAAGCGCCGCGUCUACGACGCCGCCUUAGGGACCAGUGGGGAGGGCCCAGCUGCGCAGGCGCUCAAAGGUGGCCUGAAAGGGUCUUCUUGGCUGCCUCGGGAGCAGCAGGCCACAAGGACAUGGUACUCUCAGGCGUCCAUGAGGAGGUUUUGGCGCAGUACUUGGAAGAAGGCACCGGCCAGGCCAUCGGUGCUCGGGCCCCUCCUCUUCGUCACAGGGGUAUUUGCAAUUUUUCGAGGUAUCCCACUGGGCGCAAUGUACCUGCUAGAUGACACCCAGCGACAAGAGUUCAUGGCGCCACCGAGGGCGAGACAGUGA